UUUGCAUCGAUGAUAUUAUUCAGAGAAGAACUCACAGAUUCUGUUUAGUUUUAAAGUUUUUCUUCAAACUUCCAAUUUUUCCAUUACAUCAAAACUUUCCUACACACACAACCUUCCAACUUUUCCGUCACAUCGUUUCAAUUUCAACCAAACUUUCAAUUUUAACGUGAACUAAACACAGCCUCAACUUGAAGAGAGAAUUGGAGAGGAAGAUGGACCCCUGCUUUGAGAUGCGUAAAUGCUACGUGGCUCUACGAGAGUCUCCCAUAGCCUAUACGAGGCGUCUUCUCGGUCUCUGUCAGUGGGCCCGGCUAGGCCAACCUUCUGUUCGUAUCCACCCCGGCCACGGUGAAGAAUUCGCGCCACGGCGAGUAGCUCCCGCACGUCCGAUCGAGAUCUCCCGCCUGAUCGGACGGCUCACGCGCAUCGGCCGGUACACGCGUCACCACGAGACCUCAAACUCCGCGGCGUCGAUCGAGUCCAAUACGAGUAGGAGACGAAACGAAACCGCCCUUAAAUUCGGCGGGAAAAAAAAGGCUGCGAAAUUCUCCUCAGAUCGAUCGAUUUUGCUCGUCAGAUCAGCCAUGGCGGGCAGGUCGUCGUCGUCGUUCCGGUUGCUUGACCUGGUCCGGCCGUUCAUGCCGCUGCUGCCGGAGGUGCGGGAGCCCGACGGCCGGCGCGUCCCGUUCCGGCGGAAGCUGGCGUGCACGGCGGCGGCGCUCUUCGCCUUCCUCGCCUGCAGCCAGCUGCCGCUCUACGGGCUCCACAGGGCGGCGGCGGCCGGCGGCGGCGCCGACCCGUUCUACUGGGUCCGCGCCAUCCUCGCCUCCAACCGCGGCACCGUCAUGGAGCUCGGCAUCACCCCCGUCGUCACCGCCGGCACCCUCGUCCAGCUCCUCGUCGGCUCCAACCUCGUCCGCGCCGACUCCUCCAAUCCCGACGACCGCGCCCUCCUGAGCGCGGCGCAGAAGUUGCUCUCGAUCGUGAUCACCGCCGGCGAGGCGACGGCGUACGUGCUGUCCGGGGCGUACGGGAGCGUCGGCGUGCUCGGCGCCGGCAACGCCGUGCUCGUCGUGCUGCAGCUCGUGCUCGGCGGCAUGGUGGCCAUCUUCCUCGACGAGCUCCUCCAGAAGGGGUACGGGUUCGGCUCCGGCAUCUCCCUGUUCACCGCCGCCAACACCUGCGAGGGCGUCGUCACCAGGGCGCUCAGCCCGGCGACGAUGGACCGCGGCCGCGGCGCCGAGUUCGUGGGCGCGGUCACCGCCGCGGCGCACCUGCUGGCGACCAGGGCCAGAAAGCUGUCCGCGGUGCGCGAGGCCUUCUUCCGCGGCGGCGGCGGCGGCAGCCUCCCCGACCUGCGCGGCCUGGCCGCCACCUGCGCCGUCUUCCUCGCCGCCGUCUACCUCCAGGGCGUGCGCGUGGCGCUGCCGGUGCGGCCGCGGAACGCGCCGCGCAGCCACCGCGGCGGCGCCUACAGCGUCCGCCUCCUCUACACCUCCGGCAUGCCCGUCGUGCUGCUCUCCUCGGCGGUCUCGUCGCUCUACGUCGUCUCCCAGGCGCUGUACCGCCGGUUCGGCGGGAGCCUCCUCGUCGACCUGCUCGGCAAGUGGACGCCGGACGCCGCCGUCCCCGUCGGCGGCAUCGCCUACUACGUGACCGCGCCGGCGAGCGCGGCGAGCGCGGCGGCGAACCCGCUCCACGCGGCGAUGUACGUGGCGUUCGUGCUCGCGGCGUGCGCGGCGCUGUCCAGGGCGUGGGUGGUGGUGUCCGGGUCGUCGUCCCGGGACGUGGCGAGGCGGCUCCGGGAGCAGCAGAUGGUGAUGCCGGGGAUGCGGGAGGCGAGCAUGCAGAGGGAGCUGGAGCGGUACAUCCCGGCGGCGGCGGCGCUCGGCGGCGUGUGCGUCGGCGCGCUGACGGUGGCCGCCGACCUGAUGGGCGCCGUCGGCUCCGGCGCCGGGAUGCUGCUCGCGGUGACCACCGUGUACCAGUGCUACGAGGCCUUCGAGAAGGAGAAAACCUAUUAGGACUUCUUCUUCUUCUUCUUCUUCUUCGAGAGAGAGAUUUUGAUUUGUGCAAAAGUUCGUUUGUUUAGUCCAUCAAAUUCAGAAUUUGUUUGGGUUUUGUUCAUCAAAUCCAAAUUUUGUUCUGAACUCAAAUACUGUUCAUCGACUUUAGAUGUGGUGCUUGACGAUGGGCGCAAAGUUUGACACAUUUUACGGUCCAUGAUUAUUCUGCGGUAGCAGCCCAGGUUUGAACUUGUCUGGGCUGAAGAGCCUUCGGGCGAAGGAAUAAGUUCAGCUGCCGUCCCU